CAUCUGAGAGCGUUCUCAGAAGUGAAAUUAUUAUUUAUGCGGUGCAGCCAGCGAGGGAAUUCCCUGCGAAGACGGCCGGCAUUCAUUGUGCCUUUUUCUGACGUCACACUCGCGAGCGCGGUGCUCAACCCGUCGAGGGCCGCUACAUUUCAAUUAGUGUAAAGCGUCCUUUCUUCGCGGCUUUCCACGAAGUUUCUCUCGCACUGCAGCAGCAGCAGCAGUUGGCGAAAACGAAAAACGUUGCUUUGGGCGUCGAUAGCGAUUCUCGCAGCCGUGAGCGGCGUGCAAUCACAAUGCCUGAGCGCGAAAACGACCAUGGCCAAGACCAACAGGCUGGACCCACAGGCCUUGCCCAACGCCCAGCGGGCCUUCAGCGCCGAAAUGCUGCGUCACCUGGGCAGCCGCGACGAGAGCGCCACUGGCCUCGGCAGCAACCUGUUCUUCUCACCCUACAGCACCUACAUGGCCCUGCUGCUGGCCUACUUUGGCGCGGCUAACAAUACCGAGGAGGUGCUCCAACGCGGCCUCCACCUUGACAACGUCGAGAAGGAACGUGUCAUGGAGGCUUAUCAGAUGGAGCGGUUCUUCCAGGGCACCAGGGCGGGCAAAUCCGACCCCUCGAACUACGAACUGAACUCGGCCAACCGGCUGUAUUUCAGCGACCACUUGAACCUGAAGAAAUGCAUCUCUGAGUUCUUCAAGGACGAAAUCGAGAAGAUGGACUUUGUAAACAACCCCGACGAGGGUCGCGAGAAGAUCAACGCUUGGGUGGCCAAUCAGACCAAGAACCGCAUCACUGACCUUUUGCCCUCGGGCAUUAUCACGCCAGACACCAACACCGUCCUCGUAAAUGCCGGUUACUUCAAGGGCUUUUGGCAAUCGCAGUUCCAGCCGGAAAACACCAAGAAAUCCGUCUUCCACAUGUCCUCCACCGAAAACACCCUAGUCGAUAUGAUGCGUCAGAAGGGAAGCUUCAACCACGCCGUUUCCCAGUCGCUUGGAGCCCAUUUGCUCGAACUGCCUUACAAGGGCAAUGAAGUGUCCAUGGUGAUCCUGCUGCCCCCCUAUCUGAACCAACCUGACGGCGGUCUGCAACAACUUCUCGCACGCUUGACCCCUGAAGCCCUUCAGGAGGCCAUGGAGCCUGGAAGCAUGGCCGCCAGACAAGUCGAGGUCGCCAUACCCAAAUUCAGCAUUGACCACUCAUUGGAACUUGUCCCGGUUCUGGAGAAAAUGGGUCUGGGCGAGAUUUUCAAAUCCGGAGCCGACCUGAGCGGCUUCAGCGAGGACGCAAACGCGACCAUCCACCUGGACGGCGCCAUCCACAAGGCUCGUCUCGAGCUGGACGAAAAGGGCUCGGUGGCGGCCGCUUCGACGGCCCUCUUCUCCUUCAGGUCGUCACGGCCGCUCGAACCCGAGCAGUUCGUGUGCAACCACCCGUUCGUGUUCCUGAUCGUGGACAAAUUGGGCGGCGGCACCAUCCUGUUCGCCGGCAUCUUCAGGAACCCCCGCGAACUGCAGCAGCUGUAAAGUGCGCGCGGACCCCCAAGACUAACUUUUGUAUGAAAAUUUGUACAGAAAACGAUUCGUGCGGUGUGCUUUUCAACUUGGCGCGCGAGUGACUUGCCUCUCCAUUUGCGAGAGCUCAUUAAUAUGGGAACGAGUUGUGUAGGAUUUGUAAUUUUAUUGUGUAAACUCUCUCAUUUGCAAAACUAAAUAAUGACUAUUAUUGUGUAAGCAGCAAGAGCUGCCGCGGCGAUGCAUGUAAACAUUAUUUAAGCAUUAAACGUUAACAAGAUUUAAAUUAAA